CACCGGGCGGGGGCGGGCGGCGGGAACCGGGCAGCGGCGGGGCCGGGCCCGGUGCGGGAGGGCACCGGGCGCCCCUCGGCCGGGCACGGCACGGAGCGGUACGGAGCGGCACGGGGCUGACCGGCACCGCGCUCCCCUCCGCCGGGCACGGUACGGCACGCGGCUGGCGGGCACCGGCGGUUCCUCGGCGCGGAACGGGCGGGUGGGAGCCCGGUGGGAGUCCGGUUCUGGGCAAGAUGACCACGCUGACACGACAGGACCUUAAUUUUGGGCAAGUUGUUGCAGAUGUUCUUUCAGAAUUUCUAGAAGUGGCCGUUCACCUUAUCUUGUAUGUCAGAGAAGUUUACCCUAUUGGCAUCUUUCAGAAGAGGAAAAAAUACAAUGUACCUGUCCAGAUGUCCUGCCACCCAGAGCUGAAUCAGUACAUCCAAGACACAUUGCACUGUGUAAAGCCACUGCUUGAGAAGAAUGAUGUGGAGAAAGUUGUAGUUGUAAUCCUGGAUAAAGAGCACCACCCAGUGGAGAGAUUUGUCUUCGAGAUCACCCAGCCACCUCUCCUUUCCAUUAGUUCGGAGUCCUUGCUGUCCCACGUGGAGCAAUUACUGCGUGCCUUCAUCCUGAAGAUCAGUGUGUGCGAUGCCGUGCUUGACAACAAUCCCCCAGGUUGUACCUUCACAGUUCUGGUUCACACACGGGAGGCUGCCACGCGGAACAUGGAGAAGAUCCAGGUGAUAAAAGAUUUCCCAUGGAUCCUUGCUGAUGAACAAGAUGUGCACAUGCAUGACCCCCGGCUUAUUCCACUGAAAACUAUGACAUCUGAUAUCUUGAAGAUGCAGCUGUAUGUCGAAGAACGAGCCCACAAAGGCACCUGAUUCCAUUCCUUCAAGCCUCAUCCAAUCUUCCAGUGGAGCAAGAUCUCUCACAAACCAUACCUUGAUAACCCAGUCUCUUCAGCUGGCCUUCUGGAUGAAUGUAGAGCAGCUGCUGCCUCUUUAUUUCAAGUGCUCUUACCGCUGUAUAUAGAACUGACUUGGAAUGUGGAGCCAGAGCCUGUUCCCAUGUACGCUCGUGUGUGAGAGUGAGUAUAGGUUUCAUUACAGUGAAUCCCUGGGCGCAGGAUACAGCUGACUGCAGUGUGCAGUCAGUGCUUUGUAUGAAUCCAGUUCUUGCCUUAAAUAGGGCAUCUCCAUUGCACAUUAAUAGUGAUAUACAGGGAUCUGUUGUAUACUCCACUAGAGCAAUGGUCUUAUACCAAGGGUGAGUGAGGCCUUAUGUAGCGUUUGUCCACUGUGACUGUCCCAAGUAGUCUUCAAUAAAUAUCAAAUUUUAUCCCAGCUGAAA